CUUGUGGCUAUCGGGCACAACUCUCUGCGUCCCUCCAUCUUCUCCGGCAAGCGCGCUCGCAGAGUUUCUCGCCAUGCCUACUUCUCCAUCGCCUCCUAUUCUCUAUUCGUUCUCGACGUCGAAGGAGCUGUCUGACGCGGUCGCCCACUUCAUCGUCAAGGCUCAGAAAGAGUCCAUCGAGAAGAAGGGCCGUUUCACCGUCGCCAUCUCGGGCGGCUCACUCCCCAAGCAGCUCAACGCCCUUAUCGGCAAGCCUGGCCUUAAAUGGGACAAGUGGCAAGUCUUCUAUGCCGACGAGCGCGUCGUACCGCUCGACCACCCCGACUCCAACCACAAGCUCUGCAUGGAUGAGCUCUUCUCCAAAGUCCCCAUUCCUCUCGAUAACAUCCACACGAUCGACCCGUCCCUCGCCGACGAUAUCGAGGAGCUCUCUGAUGCCUACGAACAGGAGCUCAUCCACGAGUUCGCGCAGAAAGAUUCAGCCCGAUUCCCCAUCUUCGACCUUAUCCUCCUCGGCGUUGGUCCAGACGGCCACACCGCAUCCCUCUUCCCUGGUCAUCCGCUCCUGACCGAGGAGGGUAGCUGGGUCGCGUACAUCGAGGACAGCCCGAAGCCACCGCCCAAGCGUAUCACUCUCACUUAUCCCGUCAUCAACCAUGCUGCUCGCGUCGCAUUCGUUGCUAGCGGCGCCGGAAAAGCUGACAUCCUCAAGACCGUCCUCGACAAGCCGGAGGAGGGUCUACCAGCAUCAAGGGUGCGGCCGGCUGCUCCAGGUCACCUAUAUUGGUUUCUAGACGACGCCGCUGCUUCCAAGGUAGAAUAUCCGAAGACUCCGUACAAGUUAUGAUCGGAACGGUAUCGCAGCGGAACGGUAUGCAACAGAUGUAGCGGAUCUGUCCCUUUGUCUUUUUGGGACGGAAGCCGGCCCGUGUCGCGGUGCAGAUGGAUCAGCGGUGAAACAGAAGUCAGAAGUCAUUGUAAAUCACUAAUCUGUAUUUCUUCGUCGUAUACCUGCUAUGUCUUGCAGCCUUUUUCUUGCUUUUUGGCGUUCAGUUUACUGCAUUUCGUCACUGUAGCCUACUAGUUCAUUUUUUGCAAUACAGUGAUAAUCAUAUGCAUUCGUAC